AUGAUAUCCUCUAAGCAAAUUGCUUCCCCCGUCAAUGCGCACCCCUUCCACUUCCUCUCUCUCCCCCGCCAAAAAGACGCAUGUGUUGCCAGGAAGCUAGCAUCAUGUGGCUUUGGAGUUUUUGCUAUGGACUACCCUGGAUUUGGUCUUUCAGAAGGACUUCAUGGCUAUAUACCAAGCUUCGAUAGUCUUGUAAAUGAUGUCGUGGAGCAUUUUUCCAAAAUCAAAGAGAAGCCUGAGUACCAUGGCCUUCCGAGCUUUCUGUUUGGUGAAUCAAUGGGCGGAGCUGUGGUUCUUAAGGUGCAUUUCAAACAACCAGAUUCUUGGACUGGUGCAAUUUUAGUAGCACCAAUGUGCAAGAUAGCAGAUAAUGUUAUUCCUCCAUGGCCUGUGAAGCAAUUCCUCAUCGGUAUAGCUAAACUUUUACCAGAAAGGAAAUUAGUUCCUCAAAAGGAUUUAGGAGAAAUGGCUUUUAGAGAUCCAAAGAAAUUACAGCAGACCAAAUAUAAUGCCAUUGCUUAUAAGGGAAAUCCACGCCUGAGAACAGCAGUGGAAAUGCUGAGAACAACCCAGGAGAUAGAGCAGCGAUUGCAUGAGAUAUAGAUAAAAAUAAAGGAAAGGCUAAAAUGGCAUAGAAGAAGGC